AUGCCCGGCUGGAAAUACGCGUUCACUCUUCCCAGCGCGUCGGUGAAGUCCGCCACCCCGCCGGGAACUGUCAUCCUCAUCGGUAAGUUGCCGUCUCCUCCGGUGUCUCUCUCGCCCGGCCGCCGCGAGGGGGACGACCGGGUCGUGAAGUUCCCCAUCCCGACCUCCGACCCGGCGGACCCGCUGAACUGGCCUCGCUGGCGCAAGGUGACGUGCAUGGUGGCCGUGGCGUGGUACGCCUUCGUGGCCAACUACAUCGCGUCGUCGCUGGCGCCGGCGCUGCCGGUGUGGAACCACCAGUUCCCCCAGGACCGGCGGCAGCCCCGCGAGCUGAUGCAGCUGGUGGCCUUCAACGUGCUCGUCCUCGGCCUCGGCAACAUCAUCUGGGUCCCGCUCGCCAACGUCUUCGGCCGCCGGCUGGUCCUCGUGCUCUCGACCGUCGUGCUGUCCGCGGCCAGCGCGUGCGGAAUGAAGCUCGGAGGCUUCACAACCAUGCUCAUCAUCCGCAUCUUCCAGGGCCUGGGCAGCUCCGCCUCCGAGACGGUCACGCCGGCCGUGGUCGGCGACCUUUUCUUUGUCCAUGAGCGCGGACGCUGGAUGGCGUUCUACACGGCCUCGCUUGCCUGUGGCUCUGUCACCGGCGGCAUCACGGGCGGAUACAUCGCCACGAAGCUCGGCUGGUUCAGGCAGUUCUGGUUCGCGACCGGCCUCUCCGGCCUAGCCGCCUUGCUCAUCAUCUUCCUGGUGCCCGAAACCAUGUACGACCGCGGCGAGCACACCCUGCCGAUCCAACAAACGCUGCCGCGUGCGUCCCAAAUACUCGGUCUGCAGCCCUCUCAAGAACCGGGGCGAGACCGGACAUCGCUGCCGCCCCGGCUGUCGCUGGCAACGCUGCCCUCGAUGCGGCUGAGCGUGCCCUCAAAGUUCAUGUGGCCCUUGGCCCAGGAACUCGAUCCAGACCACGGCAUGACCUGGUACAACGACGCACCGUCGGACGACGAGACGGCGUCCAGAGCCUCCAGGGCGUCCCGCGCCACCCCGCGCAACAGCACCCUCGCCGUUCCCGCCCGCGACAGCGCCGCGCAACACCGCCCCUACACCUUCUGGCGGUCUCUCACGUUCAGCCGGUACCGGGGCAAGAUCUGGUACCAGUUCGCCAAGCCGUGGCUGACGCUGCGGCUGCCGGCGACGUGGGUGAUCAUGCUGCAGUACGGCGGGCUGGUGGCGGGCGUGGCGGUCAUCUCGACGGUCGGGCCGCAGAUCCUCACGGGCAAGCCGUACGGCUGGGGCGAGAACGCGGGCCUGCUCUUCGUCGGCGCGCUCGUGGGCAUCCUGCUCGGCGGGCUGACCACCGGCCUGCUGGUCGACCGCCGGCUCAAGAAGCUGGCGCGCGACGCCGACCACGGCUACGCCGAGCCCGAGGCCCGGCUCGCCGUCAUGGUGCCCGCGCUCGCCAUCGGCACGUGCGGCCUGCUCGUGUUUGGCUUCUGCGCCAAGUAUCCCGGCAAGUUCCAGUGGGUCGGCCUCGAGUUCGCCUACGGCAUGGUCGCGCUGGCGCUGGCGCAGGUGCCUUCCAUCUGGUUCAACUAUCUCAUCGACGCCUACGAGCAGCUAGCCAGCGAUUGCUUCGUCAUGAUCUGCAUCCUGCGGGGCCUUGUCCCCUUCGCCUGGACCUUCUUUGUCGCGCAGUGGGUGGCGCGCGAUGGCUUCUUGAUUCCGUUUGGUGGCUUCACCGCCAUCCUGGGCGGCUUCUCGCUGCUGACCCUGCCCAUCAUGUUUUGGGGCAAGCGUAUGAGGAUUGCCACUGCGCGUUUCGUUGUCAAGAAUCAAUAA